AUGCGCCCGACAAGGUCCCUCACGUGGCCAAAUAACGAUCAUUCGAGUGCCCCAUCCCAACAAGAGCCAGAACAAGAGGGAGAGAAGAUUCAACUCGCAGAACAACGAACACAGCUCGACGAAAUGUCCGACCUGUACAGAUGGGUCAGGGCAGAAAGCGCGCUAAAUAACAUAUGUAGAUUCUGCAUGAACCCUGGAGAUAAUCUGAUUGUGCCUUGCAAUUGCAAAGGAUCGAUGAAGUUUGUACACAACAGCUGUCUAAUUAAAUGGAUCAUCCACUCUGACAAGAAACAAUGCGAAAUCUGCAAGUACGAGUAUCAAAUCAAAGAGAGCAGACGGCCCAUCUAUCUGUGGGGCUUUUCCGGUGUUUCGAGGACCGACAUCCGUCGCUGCGUGCGUGGUAUUUUGAUGCUUCUGAUCGCGCUGGCCAGUCUCGUGGGCGGCGUCUUCCUGAUCUUUAUGGACUCGGAGGAGGAGCUGAACUCGGCAGCGCAUCCUGCAAACGUCACCAGCCCGACUCCGCUCGUCGAAAAAGACCGCGAAGCCUUCUUUGGCAAGCUGGCGAUCAUCGCCUUCACCCUCCUCGGCACUGCCUUCUUCCUCGUCGUCCAGUGCACCUGGUUCAAGAAGUUCUACGAUAAACUAGCGCGCGUCAAUCGAGAAAUUAAAAUUGACGCCAAAAAACAACGACUUUCAACGAUAAUCGAAGAAGGGUCAAGCUUGCCAAGUUCGUGGAACAGCCGAGACUCGGUGGUUUCGAAAGCAUGA